AUGCUAGAUCCACAUAUGAUAUCCCCGUUGGAAUGUAAUUUCGAUAUGUCUUUCAAUUCUCCGGCCCUCCAAGCAGAGCCCUGGAGGUGUCCAAGUGUCCAAGUGCCCGGAAAUGUUGACUUUUGUAGAUCGGCGAUAAGCGCGAUAAGCACCGCGAGCUCUCUCCCACAACCACUGCUUCGACAACAUGUCGACCUCCAAACUACCCUGCAUUCCGUCUCUUCGGAAGCAGCAGCUUCACCUGGAAUUGUAGGACCUAUUCCGCUCCGCGAGGGGACUCCUAUUGACCAUCGACAGCGCGAGCUUAAAACAUGCCGCACCGCCAGGGGUCUACGCCCAUAUGCGUCGGCCGUUCUCCGCUUCCAACUCCGUUUCCCUGACACUUACCCCGAUCUUCCACCCAUUGUCACCUUUGCGACCGACCUGUUCCACCCAUUAAUCGUACCGCUCACCACUUAUACCUUCAGCACGGGCUCGGCAAGUGACAACCCCGUCAGCGCGACGGACGAUGAGCGAUUAUCACCGGGUGGAUUCAGCCUGCGCCAUGGAUUCCCUCAUUGGUUUGGCAGAGCAAGACGCGGUGGGCUCGAAUCUGGAGCAACAUCAAGGAAUGUGAGCGGGGCCAGCGCGAAGCCCAUGGAAUCCGAAGAACACCCCGUGAACGCAGCGACAGAUGAUGGUGCUUCUGACGUGUCAGAACCCCCGGGAGCUUCCAAGACCGACACCGCAACUAGCGAUGAACGUGAGCCAAGUCUGCCUUUGGCUAAAAUACCUGGCAGUUUUGUGGCGGAAAAAAGGACUGUCGUCCCUGUAUCUGAGGUAUUGAACUACAUCCGGUCCACGUUUGACGACGAGUCGGUGUUAGAUUCUCUGCCGGUGGAGGCUGCUGGAAACCCGGGAGCAUGGCAUGCGUGGAAGGCACAUCGCCGAGGGGGCUCUGGCCCUGGGAAUUUCAAGAAAGGAAGCCCUCAGGCUCGGCUUCCUGGGGAUUGGCACUGGGAUGGAAUCUGGGCUCGCCGCGUAAAGGACGAGAUCGAGAACUCUCGUUCCGAGCCAAUGCUGUUUGGAAGUGCAGCUCGCGGCAUGGAUGAAAUGGUAUGGAUCCUCGCUCUAAACAUGUUUCCACUCUAA